AUGAAAAGCAGCCAUCUCUGCUAUCCUUCACCAGAGGAAGGAAUCCCUGAAGUCAGAGAGGAACUUAAAGAUCGCCCAUGGGGUCUGGUCACUUAUAGAACUGCGUAUGGGGGCCACUCGGAUCGCCAGUUCUUGAAAUUGCGCGAACUCACCCACGACACGGUGCUCAAGUUCCGGGAAUCCGACGACAAGCGAUUUCCCAUGGGCCAGACACAUUGGCCAGCUGUUGAGGACAAGAAAUUGCUCAGCAAUGUUACAACACAAGUUGUCCGAGAGCAAUUCUCACAGUGGGCAUCGGAUAGAGGUGUGCCCUCUACCGAGGAUGGCUGGAGGUAUCAAGUUGCGCGUUUUCACUGUUGCUUGAUUGCCGAUCGAAGGUCUCUCAAGUCGGCAGAGACGACAUUUCCAAUCAUCGGGGUCUUGUACAAGGAUUGGCUUCCAGCCUGGCACCCGGACAAGAUCGGGCACGAGGGCAAAUAUGAGCCAGACGAUUGGACCCCGAUUGAAGGAAACACAGAAGGCGAUGUUGGGUGGUUCUAUUGUCGGGUGGUAUGUCUAGGCUGGCGCUACGAUGAGAUGUGCGUCAGAGGACUAUGGGGGAAAACACCUCGGCUACCAUGCGGCCGACCGCCCUACGUUGUUCAUGCGCCGAGCCGCCUGAGAAGAUGGAGAGGGGAUAAGGCUGAGGGCCAUUAUAGAACACCGUCUUGA